UGCACGGUAGUGCGUCGGCUGAAUCGCACCAAACGGCCAGUUCUUGCAUUGGUUUAUUUAAUUCUUUUAUUUAUUUUUUAAAAACAGAAAUAUGGAUUUGCAUGGUGGGGAAUUAAAAAAAUAAUAAUAAAUAACGCGAGAGUUUGCAAGUUGACUCCAGACUGUAGUUAGAGCUGUCAAAGGGAGAGCGGAUCGCGCAUGACCCGACACACAUUACUGUAUACUGUACGCGGCCGCCGAGAUAUUAUCGCUCCGAAAAGCAGCGAUAAUCCAGAGGGGCUGCCCGUCUGUGCGCAUCGCCGGCAGGUGUGAUCGCCAUGUAGGAGCGGCAGACACGCAGCGCAGCGCACCGCCUGACCGACCCCACGUGGGUGACCCCAGACACCCGGGCUGCCCCGCCGGCGUAGGUGACUCGGACCCCAGGUAUGGAGACUUCCAGUGGGACCCUGGGGAAGCUGACCCUGGGUGCGAAUAAGGGCCGGCCGGUGAAACCACCCCACCCGCCCGAAACAGCCUGGGCGGCGGGGGCAGGAGACAGCAGGCACGGCUUCGCUUGUAACGAGAGAGCGGAAGGGAAGAAGAAGGGCCGCCCACGAGUGGAGAUCCAUGAGCUGAGGAGCAUUCCGGCUGCCAUGAUGGUCCAGUGGAAGGAGGACUUCAAGAGCCGCUCCAGAGUGAAGUGUCCCAGCCCAGGCUGCUGGCUGGAGUUCCCCAGCAUCUACGGGCUCAAGUACCACUACCAGCGCUGCCAGGGGGUGAGUGCUGCUCCCAACAGGGCGACUCUGUCGGAGAAGCUGAGCCAUAGCUGCCCGUACUGCGAGGCCGCCUUCGCCUCCAAGAUACGCUUGCAGAAGCACAAGGUCUGGAAUCACCCCGAGAGGGUGUCCCAGGAGCCCAAGGACGAGAGCAAGUUGCCGAAGGGGUCAGCCAAGGCCACGGUGAAAAAGAGGCCGGCGGAGAAUGCGGCGGCAGCCCCUGUCGCCAAGGUGAAGAAGGAGGCCUUGCAGCUGUCACAGAACGGCGAGUGUGCCGCGCCCAUCGCCGACCGCAAUCCACACGCCGCUCGCCAGGCAGCGUCCUCUGAGACCUCGCCCGAUACGCCGGGGGGGAGCGAGAGUGAGGGCGGCAGCCUGCCCCCGCCCUUUCCCGAGGAGGAUCCGGAGAGAACAAAGCACAGGAGGAAACAAAAAGCCCCGAAGAAGUUCACCGGGGAGCAGCCAUCGAUUUCUGGAACGUUUGGACUGAAAGGGAUAAACAAAGUGGAGGAGAAGCUCAAGUCUGGACGUUGCAAGAAGCCAGAUGGGGGGGCGUUUAAUGAGGAGCCUGUCAGGAAAACCCAGACUCCGGUACCCAAGAAGGAGCCAUCACCUCCGUGUUCGGGGAGCCCUGAAGUGCAGUGGCAGCACGCCAUUUCAGAGCGGGGGGAGGUGGUCUGUCCCACCUGCUCCCUGGUGACCAGGAAGACGGUUCUGGGUCUCAGGAAGCAUAUGGAGAUCUGUCAGAAGCUCCAGGACGCCCUCAGGUGUCAGCAGUGCCAGAAGCAGUUCAGGUCGAAGGCGGGACUCAACUAUCACACCAUGGCGGAGCACAGCAGCCAGCAGCCCUCGGGAGGUGAAGGCCAGGCUGGUGAUGAGCAAGAAGAGCGGGACAGGCUGCGUAGGGUCCUCAAGCAGAUGGGCAGGAUCAAGUGCCCCGUGCAAGGCUGUUCUGCUCACUUCUGUAGCCUCAUGGGCUACCAGUACCACCAAAAGCGCUGCGGCAAGGAGCUAUCCGAGGCCGACAAGCCGGUCUUCAAGUGCCAGCACUGCGACAAAACCUACCGGUCCAAAGCGGGCCGGGACUAUCACCUGCGCUCCGAGCACGCCGCCACACCUGCCGCCAGUCCCACGCUAAAAGCGGAGGACCUGCCAGUGGCACGGAACCCGGACGCCCUUGGGAAAGUCGCGCGACCGUUGAAGCAAGAGGAACGGGACACAGGAGAGACGAGGGAGACGCAGGAUGAGCAGGAGCAGGAGGAGGAGCUGAACUUGGAGGAGGACUUCGAGAGGACCCCGAGUGGGAGGGUGAGACGUCGCUCCGCCCAGGUGGCAGUCUUCCACCUCCAGGAGAUCGCCGAGGACGAGCUCACCAAGGAAUGGGGAGCGAAACGGCGCAACAAGGAUGACCUCGUCCCCGACAUCAAGAGGCUUAACUACACACGCCCCGGACUUCCAAAAUUCAGCCCCCGGCUACUGGACAACUGGAAGAAUGAGGUCAAGGAGAAGGGCUUCAUCUGUUGCCAAAACUCAAACUGUGAAGCGGUGUACUCGAGCGUGUCGGGACUCAAGGCUCAUUUAGCGAACUGCAACAAGGGCAAUGACGCAGCGGGGAAAUACCGGUGUCUGCUGUGCCAGAAGGAGUUCAGCUCAGAGAGCGGCGUGAAAUACCACAUAAACAAGACUCACUCUCAGAACUGGUUCCGGGCGGCCAGCCAUGAGACGGCCAGCAUAAAGAGGAAGGAGCCUCAGAACGGGCUGAAGACAGAGCCCCAGGGUGGCAGCGGCGCCGGGAAGAAGAGGGGCCGCAAGCCCAAGGCACGGCCACCCAGCGCCACCCAGAAGGACGCAGGGGACCCCGUCCCGUCAGAGACUCAAAGCCUGAACCCCACCCCCGCUGCGUCGGCACCCAAAACAGAGACGUUUCCCCCCCUACCGGGAGACAGGCCACAUCCAAAAAAGUGCUGAGCUCCAAGUAAAUUGUAACUCCACAGUCCAUUAACGCGCUGUCCGACACCCCCCAGGAAACUCUUCUGGUCUAAUUGUGAAGAGAUACUUUAGGACAAAAGCAAAAGGGGGGGGGUGAAUAUUUCCUCAAACAUUAACUCAAAAUUGACCUAGUGAUUUUAACCUUACAUAUAAAAAUAUAUACAGUAUAUACUGAUAUAUAUAAUACUCUCUUUUCCAUUUCAUUCCUAGGCCUUAUUUAAAUUCUUACAUUACUCACAAAAGGGGUAAAUUGUAGCCAGUCAAAAAAAAAAACCCUUUUAUAUAAACUUUUUUCUUAAGCAGUAACACUUCAAUGUAUUUUAAAUAUCUAUCUUGAUGAUACGUGUCUACAGAAUAGUUCCACGUUUUGUCUUUCAGAGGAGUUAGUUAAAUUAAGCUAAAUUUGCAUCCUCCUGUAGGAAGUGGGUUCGUUUCUGUGACAGGCGGGUUCAGGCUGUUCGCGUGCGUUCGAUUCCACCUUUCAUCUCCUCUGUCCUUGUUGCUGUCUCCUUCUGUUUAACUCUGGCAGCUGAAUAUCGAGGCGUGUGUCGUCCCUGGAGAUAGCGAGAUGGCGGAUAGCAUUCGCGAUAGCAACAAUGUGAUAUUGUGUCUUUUUUUUUUUUAAACGUCAGCACAAAGUGUGGACACAUAAGCUGUGAUCGAUUUACACACAUCCUUUGUGUCUAAACGGUAGUUCAAUAGCUAUAGCUUUGAAGCUUGAAUGUGGUUAAGACUUUAAGUCCUGGAGUUUAUCUGCACAGAAAAUGAGAAAAUGCUAUUGUUUUUUUUUUAAAAAUUAGAUUUAUUAUUUCAGCUGAAGAAAUAUUGAUCAUUUUUCUAUUAGGGAGUUGAUCACACAAAUGAAAUGCAGCAAGUGUAGAUAAUAGGUUUGUCUAAGGAUAUAAAUCCAUAUUAAAUAAUUGGAUUAGAUAAAAAUUAUUUUUGCACAAGUCAUCCUUUCAAAGGAUAAGGCCUUUUCGAAAAGUACUUUUAAAAUGAAAUUUUAUCUUCCAAAAGUUAAAAUCUUUAAAUGAUACCUAAUAUAUGAUUAAUAGUGGUAAUAAUUAUUAACAUUUAUUUUGAAAUUCUUAGAAUUGUUGUAGCUGGAUAUUUACAAUAUUGAAACAUAGUUUCUCAAACAGCAAUGAAUUAAAUCAAACGCACAAUUAAUAAGUUAAAAUGAGCUUAUUUUCAUCCUAGAGUGAAAUGUAAUUAUAUCUGAACUUGCAACAAGAUUUUCUGACAGUAUCUUCUCUCUCCCCGUUAUAAUAACAUUGGAGUAGUUCAAUAAGAAUAAAACCCAUGUAACAAGUUUGAAGGUUGUUAUUGCGGGACCUGUGGUGGAUUUGACAUUUGCUAAGAGUGUUUGGAUAGGAAGCCUCCAGUGGGAAGGUAGAGAAUUACUUACGGCAUUUUCAGGUUAGAACAUUCAUUCAGUACACAGAACAUCAACACCAAUGAUAACAAUCAAAGGAGUUACAGCCAGAGGAACAUUAAUAUUAGUAAGAGGCACCAAUUUACUGGAAGCCCCCUGGUCUUCUGCCUAGUAAAGCCUGUGCAUUAAAGCGUCACUGGUUAGUGAUGGGCAAAUGAGGCUUCGUGAAUCAUUUGCUGUAUUUUCAGACCCCACUAGAUGGCGCCCUCUGUUCAUAAAAGGGCUCGAAGCAUGCCCCAACGCAAGCCAAGAGCACCAUCUAGUGGCUCAAAAAAUACAGCAAAUGGUUCAUGACGGUUCUCUUGCCAAUCGCUACCCUUGGUUAAAAUCCUCGCAGUGUGUUUCAGAUUCGGACGCUCCUGUUAUGAGCAGUUAUAAGAUGCACUUAAAUGCUGCGUUCACCAUUUACUUCAUGAGCAUUGAUGGAGUUAGUUCAUUUCCAUGUUCAGGAAGGCGCGUGUCCCUAAAGUUAUUGACCAGCAGCUUGAGGUGUGGCCAGGCUGGGGCUUUGUGCCUCUAAUUGUUUCUCUGAAUCUUUAAAAAGGCUGAGUCAUUCUCAUGAAAAGCCAUAACAAAGAAAAAAUAAUAAUUACUUUUAUAACCUUUUAGAUUAAAAUUUAAAAAACAAAAAUGUUGUGACACUAAGUAUAAUGUACGACACAACUGGUCUUGACCGAAGCACAUGUCUUGUGGACAUAUUUCAUAGAUGAACACUUAGAAUAUAUAUGAUUUGAUUAUAUAUCACUCUUGUUACGAAGAAUGACCUUACAGAAGAGUUUAGAAAGCUGGUUGAACAUGCAGAUGCAGUUUAAAGUGAUCAACCCUUGUAAAUACGUUAACUUUAAACCUUGUUUAUCCUGUAGUAUUAAAAAAAUGAGAAAUAUAUUUUGGGUCCUAGACUCCCACCCACCAGUCACUGACUAUGUAGCUUUAUCAAACAUUAAAACUGGAUUUAAAGUUGGAUCGUUACCUUCCUGUAGGCCUGACACCUUUAAAGUUAUGUCGACUUUAGCGUCUGUACUUUGUUAGCCAGCAUUUUGAUGGGUGAUCAAAUGAUUUGAAGUUGUUAUAUUCCGUAACCGAAUGUGUAACUAUUACAUUUAUAUGAUCCUUGUAGUGUAGCCUUGUUAAUCUUUUAAUCCACCUACUUAGCUGACCUUAGUUGGGUUGAGUUUUGGCAGGCACAAGCUGAAGUAGGUUAGCUAACCCUUCUCAUUCAUUUUCCUUACUGUCUAUCAAGUCUGAAUGGUAAGAGGAAUCGUUGAAAAAGCUUUCCUGUUUUUGUAAAUUGUACUUCUCGAAGUAGCAUUGCGCUGUUGGGUUUAUGUGCAUCGUCUUCGUUUACUUACUGGCCUUUUUCAAUGUGACUGAUGAUUUAUGUUGGACUGUACUUCUCUGAGUUCGCUUCCGCCUAAACAACGCGUCUUCCCUAAGCCACGUGUGGGCGCACUCUGCGAAGCAUGAAACUGUAAUAUUACCUUAGAGAUACAGCAAUAUGUAUAUUAUGCGUUGGUUUGCAGUGAAGCCAAAAAUAAGAAAUAGAGGCACUGCAACAGCAGGGCGGGUUACCCCCCCACCGGGCGCUGUAAUCUUUACACGGUCAGCCAUGUUGGGCGUUUAUUGAUUUGUUAAAUUGUAUCCCCCUGUCUAUCCGCUGCAUUUACUUUACCACUCACUGUCCGUUCAGAUAUCCACAUGGAAAAUGUUUUUUUUUAUUAUUAUUAUUCUUAAGUGAAGUAUAGCGGGGAAAGGGGCUGUUUAUGUCUUGUUCAUUUACUAUCCUAUGAAAUACGCUUGAAUUACUGUUGCUGGUGCGACUGAGGAUCCGGACUCUGUGAUUGAAGACAACCUCGGUAGCCUCCGUUUUAGGUGUUCCGUUUUCAUUUUUAUGUCCCGGACAUUUUGUUUCCGAUUAAAGUUCUAUAUAUAUAUAUAAAUAAAGACGAUCCUUUAAAAGAAACUGUUACGAUCGAUAUAAUCAAUAAAGAAUGAAUCUGCACAGGGGCGUCAGAAGCAUUUUGAAUGUGGGCGGGGGGGGGACACCGGCGUAAAACUAAUAUUUUAUGUUAAAUGUGGGGGGGAGGGGGUCCAAACGAAUAAUUAUGAAAUGUGAGGGGGACACGUUCCUCUCAAAUUUAAUGGCGGCGACGCCCAUGAAUCUGCAAGAUUUUCACACGUGAAGCUUUUAUGUAGCCUGGGUCCACAGAGUAUAUUGUUUUAAGGGUUGAUUUCUCUGUCAUUCAUCCUACCCGAGGCUGUUCAAUAUGGGGAAUAUUCAGACCAUUAAUAUAUAAGGAAUAUUUUACAGAUUGUUGUAUUUACUGUGCAUCGGUACUCUUCAUAUAAUUAAUAAAAACGUUGACUGUGUUGCAUCUUU